UCGGUGUCGUCGUGAAAGCUUUCAACACUAUGAGCCAGUGAAGUGUAUCUGUCGGACAGUGGCGUGAAAAUGGCGGUGUAAAAUGGCAGGACGUAGAUCGACGUUGACAAAUGCCGAUUCCUUGUCGGGAUCUGGAAACACCGAUCCUCUAAGAGAAUUGUUCGAAGCAUGUAAAACUGGAGACCUUGCGAGGGUGAAGGCGUUGGUUACACCGAAGACGGUCAAUGCUCGAGACACUGCCGGACGCAAGUCCACCCCCCUGCAUUUUGCAGCUGGUUAUGGUAGGAGAGAUGUAGUUGAAUUUCUGCUUUCUGCUGGAGCAUCUAUUCAAGCACGUGAUGAUGGAGGUUUACAUCCCUUGCAUAACGCUUGUUCUUUUGGACAUUCAGAUGUUGUAAGACUUCUCUUAGAAGCAGGAGCUAAUCCUAAUACUAGAGACAAUUGGAAUUAUACUCCUUUACAUGAAGCUGCAAUUAAAGGAAAAAUAGAUGUGUGUAUUGCUCUGCUACAACACGGAGCAGAUGCUAAUAUAAGAAAUACAGAAGGGAAAACAGCACUAGAACUGGCAGAUCCAGCAACUAAACCAGUAUUAACAGGGGAAUAUAAAAAGGAUGAAUUGUUAGAAGCAGCAAGAUCUGGAAAUGAAGAGCGUCUUUUACAACUCCUAAAUCCUUUAAAUGUAAAUUGCCAUGCAAGUGAUGGCAGAAGAUCUACUCCAUUGCAUUUAGCUGCUGGAUACAAUAGAUGUAGAGUGGUGCAAAUUUUAUUGCAAAAUGGUGCAGAUGUACAUGCAAAAGAUAAAGGAGGUCUUGUCCCACUUCAUAAUGCUUGUUCAUAUGGCCAUUUUGAAGUGACUGAAGCACUUCUUAAACAUGGUGCAGCGGUUAAUGCCAGCGAUUUAUGGGCAUUUACUCCACUACACGAAGCUGCUAGUAAAUCCAGAGCCGAAGUGUGCUCGUUACUUCUAAGCGAGGGUGCCGAUCCAACUCAAUUAAACUGCCACAGUAAAAGCGCCAUUGACGUAGCUCCGACAUUGGAAUUACAAGAAAGAUUGGCAUACGAAUAUAAGGGACACUGCCUCUUGGAUGCCUGCAGGCAGGCAGAUCUUACUAAAUUAAAAAAGUACCUGUCCCAAGAAGUUGUAAACUUUAAACACCCAUACACAGGGGAUACACCACUGCACUGUGCCGUUGCAUCUCCUUAUCCCAAGAGAAAACAAGUAAUAGAAUCUUUAAUUAGGAAAAAUGCUGCCUUAAAUGAGAAAAAUAAAGACUUUCUUACACCUGUUCAUGUUGCUACUGAUCAUUCUCAUUAUGAUGCAAUGGAUGUGCUACUUAGACAUAAUGCAAAAGUCAAUGCUUUAGAUGGAUUAGGGCAAACUGCACUACACAGGUGUGUUAGAGAAGACAAUGUGCAAGCUUGCAGAAUAUUGUUAUCAUAUAAUGUUGAUCCAUCUAUAGUAUCACUUCAGGGCUAUACUGCAGCACAAGUAGCUGCAGAAAAUGUCCUUAAAAUAUUACAAGAUCCACCGAGCGGGACAGAUGACGCGGAAGCACAGCUGUUAGAAGCGAGUAAAUCUGGCGAUUUGGCGGCAGUGGAAAGAAUUUUACGAACGAAUCCAUUAGCUGUUAAUUGUCGUGACUUGGAUGGUCGACACUCCACACCGCUGCAUUUUGCAGCGGGAUUUAAUAGAGUGCCUGUAGUCGAAUAUUUAUUGGCACAUGGAGCAGAUGUACACGCCAAAGAUAAAGGUGGACUUGUUCCCUUACACAAUGCCUGCUCUUAUGGUCAUUACGAAGUAACAGAAUUGUUAGUAAAGCAUGGUGCGUCGGUGAAUGUUGCGGAUUUAUGGAAAUUUACUCCCCUUCACGAAGCUGCUGCUAAAGGAAAAUACGAAAUUGUUCGUCUGUUACUAAGACACGGAGCAGAUGCCACUAAAAAAAAUAGAGAUGGAGCAACACCUUUAGAUCUAGUAAGAGAUGGCGAUCAAGACGUAGCCGAUUUAUUACGAGGGAACAGUGCACUUUUAGAUGCAGCAAAGAAAGGAAAUUUAGCGAGAGUACAGCGACUUGUUACACAAGACAAUAUUAAUUGUAGGGAUGCACAAGGUCGUAAUAGUACGCCGUUACACCUAGCCGCUGGAUACAAUAACUUGGAAGUAGCCGAAUUUUUGCUUGAACGUGGAGCUGAUGUAAAUGCUCAAGAUAAAGGAGGAUUAAUUCCUUUGCACAAUGCUUCAAGUUAUGGUCAUUUAGAUAUCGCUGCAUUACUUAUUAAAUAUAAUACCGUAGUAAACGCUACUGACAAAUGGGGCUUUACACCACUUCACGAAGCAGCACAGAAAGGGAGGACGCAGCUGUGUGCUCUUUUAUUGGCUCACGGUGCAGAUCCUUUCUCGAAAAACCAGGAAGGGCAAACCCCUCUGGAUCUAGCUAGUGCUGAUGAUGUAAGAUGCUUAUUGCAAGAUGCUAUGGCUUCUCAACAAGUAGUACCAUCGAUACCAUCUGGUAACACUGGUGUGGGAGUUGCCAUUAACUUAAAUAAUAAUGGUAAUAAUACAAUUAACAGUAGGCCACCCAGUAUUGUUGCGGUUCCAGUUACACCACCACCACCACUUACUCAGGAGACUGUUAUCAUGCCUUCUGGAACGGCUAUGACACUAUGCGUACCACUUGCGAGACCAUCUUCCUGUUUGAGUCCAAUGCCACCAUCUGAAUCAUGUUCCGAAAGGGAUUCCAAAGAUUCUAAAGACAAUUCGAAUAUCACGACUGUUGCUGGUUUUCUUCAGAGCCUUGGUUUAGAACAUUUAUUAGAAUUAUUUGAACGCGAACAAAUUACGUUAGACAUAUUAGCAGAAAUGGGUCAUGAAGAUCUGAAACAAGUUGGAGUGUCUGCGUAUGGUUAUAGGCACAAAUUAAUUAAAGGCAUGGAAAAGCUUUUAAAUACAACUGCUGGCACUCCUUGGCAACCGACUAUUACGCCAGGCACGUUACUGGUAGACCUAUUAGCAGAAGAUAAAGAAUUUUUAGCUGUAGAGGAAGAAAUGCAGAGCACCAUUCGACAGCAUAGAGAUAAUGGUCAUUCUGGUGGUAUAUUUUCUCGAUAUAAUAUUGUUAGGAUACAAAAAGUGCAAAACCGUAAAUUAUGGGAACGUUAUGCGCAUAGAAGACAAGAAGUUGCUGAGGAAGUUGGCGCGGCAGCACCUUCUUCUCCGAGUACUGGAUCUAGAACUACUCCUGGAUCGAGCCUGCCACAAGCGAAUGAAAGGAUGUUAUUUCAUGGUAGUCCAUUUAUUAACGCCAUUGUCCAAAAGGGUUUUGAUGAGCGGCACGCGUAUAUUGGCGGUAUGUUCGGCGCUGGAAUUUAUUUUGCUGAGCAUAGUAGCAAAAGUAAUCAGUACGUAUAUGGAAUAUGUGGAGGUACUGGAUGUCCAGCUCAUAAGGAUCGAAGUUGUUACAUCUGCCAUAGACAUUUAUUACUUUGUCGUGUUACACUGGGAAAGUCAUUUUUGCAAUUUUCCGCGAUGAAAAUGGCUCAUGCACCACCAGGACAUCAUAGUGUAAUGGGUAGACCAUCUCAAGGUGGCCUAGCUUUCCCCGAAUAUGUAGUCUAUAGAGGUGAACAAGCAUAUCCAGAAUAUCUUAUCACGUACCAAAUUGCAAGACCUCAGCAAGAAAGUGGUGGAAAUGAAAGUGUUGAAGAACGGUGAUCAGAAGAGUCUAGC